GCCUACAAUAAUUAAUAAUUGACUCUUUCUUCCUCCAAAAUUUUCUCUAUAAAUAACUCUCUUUCACACACACACACUAAAUUCAUCACAAAUUUAUACUAACAAUUUCCUUUCACAUAAUAUAUACAGCUAACACAGAGUCGUCAUUUCUGUUUUAUUUCGCUGCUGCGGAAGUAAUUACAGUUUUUUAAAUUUCUUCCGCCGCAGCGCUUUAAUUCAACUACAAUGGCUCGUUAUUUCUCCAACUCUAAGAUUGUGUGUGCUUUUGUUGUUGACUCAGUAUAUGCAGCUAUUCAGAGGCGUGGAUACGCGGCGGCAUCACAAGGUGCUGCAUCUGGCAAUGGUAGAAGCAGCAAUGUGAUGAUGAAGAAAGUUGUCAAGGAAUCAAACAAGACAACAACAUCAUGGGGACCAGAUCCAGUUACAGGUUAUUACAGACCAGAAAGUCAUGUUAAAGAAAUUGAUGCUGCUGAACUUAGAAACAUGUUGUUGAAGCACAGACCUAGACAGGAUUAAGAAUCUUGUCUCGACUAUCAGAGGCGGAUUCAGGAUUUGAAUGUUCGUUUCCACUUAUGUUAGUGGAAAUAUAGUAAUUUCUCAUAUAUAUAUGUUUUGUGUCUCGUAUAGGAAAUACUGGUUUAACUGAACCCGUUAUACCUAUAUAUGUCAGUUAAGAAUCAUAUCUUGAUCAACAGAGGCAGAUUCAGGAUUUGAAUGGUCAUUUCUCGUAUUGGAGUUCCACUUAUGCUAGUGGAAAUAUAAUAAUUUCUCAUAUA